AAGACACAACAACGAGCAUAAACACAAUAGAGAGAGUGUUCAGAUAGCUCCGGUUUUCGCACAAAACCGCGAGUACACAGAGGAGCUGUUUUAUCCUGGAGACGACCGGUUGAUAGUCUGCCGUGCGCAUCGAGGGCAGUGCCGCGAACGUCUUAAAGAGAGCGACCUAGUCCGCGACUCAGCUCCAGAUUCGGUAACCUCGUUCCUGUUGUUGUUCCGUUCCUAACAAUUUUAAGACGUUCGGCUGCUGCAAUGUCGACUGAACAGAACAACAUGGCCGGAUCUGGUGCUGUCGAUAUCAAUCGACCGUUUCGCUUCGUUGGAGUCAACUUUCGUCGCUGGAAACAAAAGAUGGAGUUUUACCUGACGACCAAGAAGUUGGCACAUUGCCUCACUAGCAUGCCCGUCGAGCUGCCGGAAGAAGCGACCGAUGAGGAGAGGACUGCUGCUGCUAAGGAAAGGGAGCAUGACUUCCUAUGCAAGGGCUACAUCCUCAACGGCCUGGCAGACGACCUCUACGACUACUAUGCGGACAGCAAGAACACCGCAAUGAUGGUCUGGGAUGCGCUCCAAAAGAAGUACGACACGGAGGAGGCUGGAGCUAAGAAGUAUGCUGUCAGCCGUUACCUGCGCUACCAGAUGGUGGACGACAAGUCUGUCGAAGUUCAGUCCCACGAACUUCAGAAAAUAGCUCACGAGAUCGUCUCUGAAGGUAUGCCUCUGGACGAUCAAUUUCAAGUUGCUUGCAUUAUUGAUAAGCUGCCCCCUUCGUGGAAAGAUUUUAAGAAUAUGCUUAGACAUAAAACCAAAGAAUUUUCACUGGAAAGUUUGAUUACUCGCCUAAGGAUUGAGGAAGAGUCCCGCAAGCAGGAUAUGAAAGAAGAGGUGAUGGUCGUCACUGCUAAACGACCCACCCCUAGAGCUCUUAAACCUAACCAGAAAGGGUUUAAGGGUAAGAACCAGCAGGUCCGCCCCCAUCAGAAUGGUGCCUCUCGAGGUAACCAAAGAGUCAUGGCCCAAACCUCUAAGAAUGACCCACCGUUUAUCUGCUUUAAUUGCGGAAAACCGGGUCAUAUGGCAAAAAAGUGCAGGAACAAGCCUAACCCCGCCGCUGCGGCCAGGGUUAACUUGACAGAAGAGGAUUUGGUAGCCAUGAUCACAGAGAUGAUCGCUGAAGUUAACCUCACCGGUGACUCAGAAGGAUGGUGGCUGGAUACAGGUGCAUCGAAGCAUGUAUGCAACAAUCGUGCUAUGUUUAAAACAUACGAAGAAGCACCUGCUGACAAGAAAGUGUUGUUGGGGACUACUCACACCACUAUGGUUGCUGGUUCUGGUGAAGUGGAGCUGAACUUCACCUCUGGGAAGAAGAUGGUGCUCAAGGAUGUGUUGCACACUCCAGAGAUAAGAAAGAAUCUUGUUUCUGGAUAUCUUCUUAAUAAGGCUGGGUUUAAUCAAUCUAUUGGGGCAGACUUGUAUACUCUUACUAAGAAUGGGAGUUUUGUGGGAAAGGGAUAUGCAUGUAAUGGGAUGUUCAAGUUGAAUGUCGAAAUUAAUAAGAUGAAUUCUUCCGUUUACAUGGUGUGUGAUUUGAAUGUAUGGCAUGCUCGUCUUUGUCAUGUGAACACACGAAUAGUGAAGAAUUUAAGCAAGCUAGGACAUAUCCCUAAACUCUCAAUGAAUGAAUUUGAUAAAUGUGAUUUCUGUAGCCAAGCUAAAAUAACGAAAACGCCCCAUAAAUCUGUGAGUAGAGAAUCAGAACCCUUAGAUCUGAUUCAUUCUGAUAUUUGUGAACUAGAUGGGACGUUAACUAGGUCUGGCAAGAGAUACUUUAUCACUUUCAUAGAUGAUUGCUCUGAUUAUUGCUUUGUUUAUUUGAUGAAAAACAAAAGUGAAGCCCUUGACAUGUUCAAGGUAUUUGUGGUUGAAUUCGAAAAUCAGUGCAAUCGAAAGAUAAAAAGACUUAGGAGCGAUAGAGGAUCAGAGUAUGACUCUAAUCCCUUCAAGGAAUUCUAUAGCUCACAUGGUAUCAUUCAUGAAACCACGGCACCAUAUUCACCAGAGAUGAAUGGUAAAGCUGAGCGGAAAAAUAGGACAUUUACAGAAUUAGUUGUGGCUAUUAUGCUCAAUUCUGGAGCUGCUUCUUCUUGGUGGGGUGAUAUUUUGUUGACGGUUUGCUAUGUGCUAAAUCGUCUUCCAAAAACAAAUAGAAAAGAAUCACCCUAUGAGAUCUUGAAGAAUAAGCCACCUAAUCUGUCCUAUUUAAGAACGUGGGGCUGUUUGGCCUACGUAAGAAUUCCUGAUCCUAAGAGGGUUAAGUUGGCUAGUCGAGCAUAUGAAUGUGUCUUCGUUGGCUAUGCGGCCAAUAGUAAGGCAUAUAGAUUCUAUGAUUUGAAUGCUCGUACAGUAAUAGAAUCCAUUGAUGCUGAUUUCUUUGAGACACGAUUUCCAUUUAAAACGAGAAAUAGUGGGGGUAAUGUACUACCCGCUAUUAGAGAUAACGGAACAAGUGGGGGUGUUGGAUCUGAGGAUGAACUCAGAAGAAGUAAAAGAGCUAGAAUCUCUAAAGAUUUUGGUGAUGACUUUACUACAGUAUACACCCUAGAGGAUCCAAAAAGUUUGCAGGAAGCACUAACUUCCAUAGAUGCAGACUUUUGGAAUGAGGCCGUUAUAGAUGAAAUGGAAUCGUUAGAGGCUAAUAAGACUUGGCAUCUAACAGACUUACCUCCUGGCUGCAAAGUCUUAGGUAAUAAAUGGGUUCUAAAAACGAAACGGAAACCUGAUGGUGCAAUCGAAAGGUUCCGAGCUCGCCUAGUAGUCAAGGGCUACAGGCAGAGAGAGAAUAUAGAUUUCUUCGACACCUAUUCACCAGUAUCUAGAAUAACAUCCAUUCGUGUCAUGAUUGCUCUUGCUGCCUUGAACAAUCUCGUGGUACACCAAAUGGAUGUUAAGACUGCUUUUUUGAACGGUGAUCUAGAUGAAGAAAUCUAUAUGGAACAACCAGAAGGGUUUGUUAUCCCUGAACAUGCCUCGAAAGUCUGUAAGUUGGACAAAUCACUAUAUGGUUUGAAACAGGCUCCAAAACAGUGGCAUGAGAAGUUUGACACUCUCGUUCUCUCACAUGGCUUUAAGGUGAAUGAAAGUGACAAGUGUAUUUACUGCAAGACAGAGAAUAGCACUUGCACUAUCAUAUGUUUGUAUGUAGAUGACAUGUUGAUAUUUGGUACAAAUAUUCACGUGGUCAAUGAAGCGAAAGCCAUGUUAAAAGAGAGCUUUGAGGUGAAAGAUCUGGGAGAAGCAAAGUUUAUGCUUGGAAUCCAGAUAACUAGAACAGCAAAUGGUUAUUCUCUAGAUCAAUCUAGUUACAUAGAGAAGAUCUUGAAGAAGUAUAACUAUUUCGACUGUAAACCUGCGUGUACUCCGUAUGAUGCUAGUGUAAAGCUAUUCAAGAACACUGGAGACAGUGUAAGACAAACAGAAUAUGCUAGCAUCAUUGGCAGUCUCCGUUAUGCUGCGGAUUACACUCGACCAGACAUUGCAUAUGUCGUGGGAUUGCUUGGCAGGUUUAACAGCUGUCCUAGUAGAGAGCAUUGGAAUGCUAUAGAGAGGGUCAUGAGAUACCUCAAGAGAACAGCAAACCUUGGUAUACACUAUCAAAGGUUUCCCGCUGUACUAGAAGGGUAUAGUGAUGCGGAUUGGAAUACCCUAUCAGAUGACUCCAAGGCAACCAGCGGAUAUGUUUUUAACAUCGCUGGUGGAGCUGUGUCUUGGAAGUCAAAGAAACAAACAAUCCUAGCUCAAUCAACUAUGGAAUCAGAGAUGAUAGCACUAGCAACGGCUAGUGAAGAAGCAAGUUGGUUGAGAGGAUUGUUGUCAGAGAUUCCCCUAUGGGAAAGCCCGGUCCCUCCGGUAUUGAUACAUUGUGAUAGUACCGCAGCUAUCGCUAAAGUUGAGAACCGGUUCUAUAACGGAAAGAAACGACAGAUUCGUCGUAAGCACAGUACUGUUAGAGAACUCCUAACGAUAGGAGCAGUGAGGGUGGAUCAUAUAAGAUCCGAACAGAAUCUAGCUGAUCCUUUGACGAAAGGAUUACCUAGAGAGAAAGUCCAGAAUACCGCCAAGGGUAUGGGACUUAUGCCUACCGAACCACGGACUACAAGUGAUGGUAACCCGACCCAAUAGACUGGAGAUCCCAAGAAAUGGGUUCAAUGGGUAAUAACAAGUCAUGAGUAGUAUGCGAAAAGUUCAUGCAUAAUGAAGCAUGAAUCCCAAAGCAAUGGAGGUUGAGUUAAUAACUCUUAAUGAGAUCUAUACCCUAUGUGGGGUGGAGUACUUUACUUUGGGGGUACUCCUGAUAGACUCACCUAUGUGAAUGUGGGAGUGGGGCCGCUCCCUAUGGAACUUUGAGAGGCACAAAGUUGCUAGAGCGUUCACUAAACCAGGGUAACGUGCAAGGCCAUAAACGCACGGGCUAAGAAGAGAACACAACUCAAUGAAAAGAUCCGGUGUGCUACACUGUCUGAGAUAGGGUUCAAGACUACGAGUCACCCUUAUGAAAUCGGAAGUGUAACCACUACGCUAAGGUUCAAAUCUUCGCGAUACCUUAGCUUAUGCCCGAUCUUAUGGAACUGUUGAUGCUCAGAGAUAGUUUCAAAACUAUUCAAGUGGGGGAUUGUUGGAAAUGUGUAUGAAUAGCUUUGAAAGCUAUAGAGUCUCAAGUGGAAAAACUACCACAUUGGUAGUUUUACUUGGUGAAGUGAUUAUAAAGAUAGGAGCCUCUCUCCUAAGGGCAUGCCCCUUGGGGUGACCCACUUUUGUGGGAGAGGGAGGACCUAACGGACCACCACACACGCGCGCGCCGUCCGUCCGUCCGACCGGCCGGUCGGUCGGUUGGAUGGAUGGAUGGCUUGAGACUAUAUACAUAUUUUUUGGAGAAAUUCCGAACGAAAUUAAUUAUUUAAUAAUUAAUUAUUAAUCGGUUACUCUGAGGAAUAUUCCAAGGGAUAAUCGAUUGAAAAGAAAUAUUCGAAGGAUAAUCUCCGCAGGAUUUAUCCUAACCGACGGUUUUAAUUAAGGAAGUAAUUAUCU